CGACGCCCGGGCGGCGGGAGGCCACGCCCAGUUGCUCCGCCAGGUCUCUCGGCACCGCCACGACGGCAGCAUGGCGGGCGUCGAGUUGCGGGCGGCGCUGGAGCAGCGGCUCAGCGCCCUGGCCAUCCGCACGGAGGUCGUGGAGCACCCGGAGGUGUUUACAGUUGAAGAAAUGAUGCCUCAUAUCCAACAUUUGAAAGGAGCACACAGUAAGAACUUAUUUCUUAAAGACAAAAAGAAAAAAGGCUAUUGGCUGGUGACAGUUCUUCAUGAUAGACAAAUUAAUUUGAAUGAUCUUGCCAAGCAGUUAGGUGUUGGGAGUGGAAAUCUGCGGUUUGCUGAUGAAACAGCCAUGCUAGAAAAACUAAAAGUUGGCCAAGGUUGUGCCACACCGCUGGCACUCUUCUGUGAUGAUGGAGAUGUGAAAUUUGUUUUGGAUUCUGCUUUUUUGGAUGGUGGACAUGAAAAGGUGUACUUUCAUCCAAUGACUAAUGCUGCGACCAUGGGAUUGAGCCCUGAAGACUUUCUCACAUUUGUGAAGAAGACAGGACAUGAUCCCAUAAUACUAAAUUUUGAUUAAAACUAAUUGAUGUUUAGAAUACA